AUGACCAAUUCUUUCUCCAUGGAUUUGAAGGACAGCACCAGUGAGGGAAGCCUAGGGAGCCUUCAGCCUUCCAGCCUCCAGAUUUUUGCUAACACCUCAACCCUACAUGGAAUCCGCCAUAUCUUUGUUUAUGGACCUAUGACUGUGCGGCGGGCACUAUGGGCUCUAGCGUUUAUAGCUUCCCUGGGCCUCCUCUUGGUAGAGAGCUCUGAGCGAGUGAUUUACUACUUUUCUUAUCAGCAUAUUACCAAGGUGGAUGGGCUCGUUGCUAACAGCUUGGUCUUCCCAGCUGUCACCAUCUGCAACUUUAAUGGUUUCCGCUUCUCCCGUCUCACCACCAAUGAUCUGUACCAUGCUGGUGACCUUCUAGCUUUGCUGGAUGUGAAUUUACAAAUCCUUCACCCCCAUCUUGCUGACCCAACAGUCCUGGCUAUAUUGCAAGAGAAAACCAACUUUCAGCACCACCGAGCCAAGGUCUUCAGCAUGAGUGAGUUCCUAGGGCGUGUGGGCCAUGACAUGAAAGAGAUGCUGUUGUACUGUAAGUUCCGGGGACAGGAGUGCAGCCACAGGAAUUUUACAACUGUGAGUAUAAGGAACAGACUGACUUUCUUAUUACCUUAA